GUGGUGGACCACCAGCUGUAGAACUCUCGAGAGCAGAUGAAAAGAACACGUUGAGUGUGAGGACACGAUCUUGUUUAUGGUUGUACAAUCACGUGACCACAUGAUUUACAUUUUGAUCUCAACGUCGGCAGCUCCACAAGCAGAACGCCAACGCGUGGUGGUGUCGGGGUCAACUAUGUAAGAAUCAUCGAUGUAGUUGCUCCUGCAACAUUGCGCUGCGUGUAGGAGUUGUGCCCUACAACUACUUCAUUCGACGAUGAAGGUCAUCACCUCCGCCUGCGGGCGGUUGUACUUCGCGAUCAUAUUUCACUGCUCGUCUUCACUCUAUCUUGCACCGAUAAGUGCGUGAUGAGGACUCAUCACAUCACAGCACAAGAAGGCUACAGAAGUGAAGUAUUAAAGGAAGAAACUCGUCAACAAACUUCAAGAAUACCAAAGACCAAACUUCAGUGGAGAGAUUGAAAAUGUAUGUCUCAGACAUCGUGAUUCCGACGCGUUUUCUCACCACAUCCGCCCAGCUGAUUUUUUGCAUCACGCUGCUGCAGGACCGGGCCCCCUACGUUCUCACCGCGCUUCCGAUAUCCUGUGCAAAAGUAUCGUACUCGUAGUAUAAUUCGCAAUCAUGCAUUACAAAUCUCCCUCCUAACCUAAAUCCGCAUUACAAAUUUCAUUUUUCAUGCUGAGGGAAUUUGUCAUGCGAUUUAUACUAGUACGAUGCUUUUGCAUUAUUUCAUAUCCGAAGGCGAGCCGCAACGUGUACACCGACGAUUAUGCCUCCUUUGAUGCGGAGUUCCAGGCCGCCCUCGUAUUGGCGAUCAUAUGUGGCUAUGCAUUGCAAAAGUAUCGCACUAGUAUGAACCAGCCAUGCUCCGGCUGCCGCCGGAGCGCAAGGCUGUUGGGCCGGGGCAAGACUGUUUGCCGAUCGGACCACAUCCCCACGUGCCUAUGCACAACGAAGCACACUGCUUUCGUGCCGCCGGUUUGCGCCGCGCCAACCCGCUGGACCACUUGCGCGCUUCCCGCGCCUGCGGGCGCUCUGCGCAGGGAGCAGCUGCAAAGAACGCCGGGGGCGAACAGAAGCCGCCUGGCGGGAGGGGGUAGCGCGAGAGGGUGGCGCGAGAGGGUAGCGCGAGAGGGUGGCGCGAGAGGGUGGCGCGAGAGGGUGGCGCGAGAGGGUGGCGCGAGAGGGUGACGCGAGAGGGUGGCGCGAGAGGGUGGCGCGAGAGGGUGCGCGAGAGCGAGGGUGGCGGGGACAGACGCCGAACAAAACAAGUCCGCGAAUGGCCGGCAAUGCCAAAUAUGGGCAGUACCAUGCGGAUUCGCGCCCGCCACUUUGUGCUUUUACCCUCUCGCAGACCUCUCGCAGACCCUCUUUUUUACCUCUUUUGGGGGUCCCCGCUAAUAAUCCGGCUAUACUCGCGGGCAGAGGUCGACAGAGGUGGCCGAGAGGUGGCCAAGAGGGUCCGCGAGAGGUCGCCCCUUAUUCGCGCCACCUCUCUCGACCUCUGUCGACCUCUCGCGCCCCCUCUUUUUGACCUCUCUGCACCCUCUGAGGCACUUAGGCGCCGCCUUAAGGUGGGGCCUUCGGCGGGCUAUACUCGCGCACCCUCUCGCCGACCCUCUCGAAAGGGGUCCCGCGCCACCUCUCCACCUCUGUCGACCUCUUUUUUACCUCUUUUGACCUCUUUUUGACCUCUCGGCCACCUCUUGUUUACCCUCUGUCUACCUCUUUUUUCGCAUUAACAUAAUGUAUAAGUAAUUGCAUCACAAAUUUUUUCAAAAGGAAAAACGGAAUUUGUAAUGCUGAUUCAUCUAAAAAGGGAUAUUUGUGAUGCAUGAUAGCAAUUUGUACGAGUACGAUACUUUUGCACAGGAUAGUGGCCUCUUCGAAGUCAGCAGUAUGGUUUUGGUCGGGUCAAUAUGCAUUGCAAACUGAAGAUCGUGCGUAGUAUAAAUUGCAUUACAAGUAGAACAAAUUUUCUCCAGAACCAAUACAAAAAUGGAGUUUAUUGUCAUGCUAGAUCAGGUAGAAAGUUAGAAUCAUCACGCAUGACUGCAAUUAGUACGAGGGCCACAGUUAUUUUCCUUUUGCAAUGCAUAUUUGACUGUCCUCCUUAACCGGCACUCCUUUAUCCAGACGCUGUUGCAUAUGGAUGUGUCAGAGUUGAAAUCGACAAAGUUGAAAUAAUUUGUCAUGCAUAAAAUGGAUGCCAGUUGGAACCCAGUUUCCAAGUGGCGCAAGACAAAUUUCGGUGGUCCCUAAAUCCACUUUGUCAUGCUGUUUAGGCAAAGAGGAGCGAUUUUCUCAUGUUACUUUAGCAGCUCGAGCUGUAACCCCAAACAGGCUUACAAUCGGCCUCACUUGCCUGCUCUGCAACACACGUGCCUCGGGUCAUGCAUUUUAUGCAUUACAAACUAUUUCAACUUUGACGAUUUCAAACCUGACACUUCCAUAUUGCACUUUUCCGGGGUGGUGAGCAUCAUGGUGUUUGGAUUGAAUGGAGACAUAUCCAAGAAAAAAACGUUGUUAGUGUAAAUUUGUGAUGCUUAACAUGCAAGACGAUUGCGUCUGUCAUGCUUGGCAUGCAUCGUAGGGUCCACUAAACGGCGUUUUCACGUACUAUUUUCGCAUGACAGGUUUUUGCUGUCAUGCCCGACAAAUUUGUAAUGCUGUUCCUCCAAAAAAGUUACACCUACAAUGUUUUUUUCUUGGAUAAGACAGCCACUUUGACUACUUUUGGUACAUUCUAUUCGUCUUCUGCAUAAUACCCUCGCUGCUCGAGGUGGGUGCACUGAUGUACCUGCACUACACGAAAGUACACGGAAACUACUUCUGACGAAUAAAUAAACGAUGGAUGAUCAUAUUAAUUAUGCCGCUGAGAUGACUUCAUCUCUCCGACGACAGCACUAGGGCGCUGUAGUCGUCGCGCACGCCAAACGUUGCAGGUGCGAAAAGCUACGUAUGAAAAAUCUGAACAUAUUUUUUGGUCCCGGUCCGCCUGACAUCGCUACAGGAAACAGCUGUUCAUCGCUAUAGAAACAAAUACAAACAAACGUCCUUUAUUUUAGCACGAUCGCAUUCGCAUUCGUACUCGCGU